AUGUCUUCAGAACUCGACCAGAUCCAACCAAGCCACCACCAGCCAAGUAUGUCCGUUCUUCCGGCCGGCGAUAUUCCAGUGAUGGAUCACAAGAUGGAUGAAGACGAGAGGAUCAUCGUGUCUCUUGGAUACAAACAAGAAUUCAAGCGUGAAUUUUCGCUCUGGACGACUUUCUGCGUUAGUUUCUCCGUUCUGGGGUUACUACCUUCGUUUGCGAGCACUCUAUGGUACGGCAUGGGAUAUGCUGGCACGGCAGGAAUGGUAUGGGGCUGGAUCAUUGCAAUGAUAUUCAUUCAAUGCGUGGCCAUGGGAAUGGCGGAGCUUUGUUCGUCAAUGCCCACAAGUGGCGGCCUUUACUACGCUGCUGCUGUUCUCGCUCCCGAUGGAUGGGGUCCAUUUGCGGCAUGGGUAACCGGGUGGUCGAAUUGGAUGGGCCAGGUGAUGGCAGCGCCAUCUGUCAACUAUGGCACGGCGGGCAUGAUUCUUGCUGCUGGUUCGAUAUAUAAUCCCGAUUAUGUGCCGACGCCUUACCAAACCUUUCUGUUGACCACUUUUAUCAUGUUGAUUCACGGGGUGCUUAGCAGUAUGCCAACGAGAUGGAUUGCUGAGGUUAAUUCGUAUGGAUCAACCUUCAACAUCAUCUGCCUUAUCAUCGUCCUCAUCGCCAUUCCUGCGGGAACUACGAAUUCCCCGAAGUUCAACUCAUCGGCCGAUGUUUGGGGAACAAUAUAUAAAGGGACCUCGUUUCCUGAUGGUGUUGCAGUAUUGAUGUCGUUUGUUAGCGUGAUUUGGACCAUGUCUGGUUAUGAUUCCCCGUUUCAUUUGAGUGAAGAAUGCUCAAAUGCGAACAUCGCCUCCCCCAGGGCUAUUGUCCUCACUUCGGGAGUGGGAGGACUCAUGGGAUGGUUCCUCCAGGUCGUUGUGGCAUACACCGUCAAAGAUAUUGACGAAGUGUUGAUGUCUGAAUUGGGACAGCCGUGGGCAUCUUACCUGUUCCAAGUGAUGCCGAGAAAGGCAGCAGUUGCUAUACUGGCAUUAACAAUCAUCUGCGGCUUUUCAAUGGGUCAAGCUUGUAUGAUCGCUGCAUCCCGGGUGACUUACGCAUAUGCUCGCGACGACUGCUUUCCGUUAUCAAGGAUUUGGAAGAAAGUCAACAAACAUACGCAGACUCCAGUGAAUGCAGUCUGGUUCAACUGCGUAGUCGGCAUUCUGUCCACUUUGCUGAUAUUUGCCGGUGACCUUGCAAUGGGUGCCCUAUUUUCGAUCGGGGCUAUUGCCGCGUUCGUCGCAUUCUCCAUUCCAAUUGGCAUUCGUAUCUUUGUCGUCAAAGAAAAAUUCCGACCUGGUCCUUGGAAUCUAGGAAGAUAUAGUCGUGUAAUUGGCGGAACGGGGGUGUCGUUUGUGAUCUUGAUGCUACCGAUUCUCUGUCUUCCCGCUUAUACAGGUUCGGAUUUGACGCCAAAAGAAAUGAAUUGGACUUGCAUCGUCUAUGGCGCCCCUAUGAUCGGCGUGCUCAUUUGGUGGAUUGUUGAUGCAAGGAGGUGGUUCAAAGGGCCGAAAGUCAACGUUGAACAUCACAUGUUGGAUCGUGUGCAAAUUGGAGUUGAUCGAGUUGACACUAAAGGCUCUGAGAAAGAGGCAGUACAGCAGCUGGAAUCUGUUGAUGUCUAA